AAAAGCCCAAAGUCGUGUAUAAUGUCUCAUCUUCUCGCUCUAUAUAUACCAGUGUAUUUUUCAGCCUAAUGACUCUUAAGCCAAGAGGAGAUGAUAACAGUUGCCAAGAUGUCAAGAGCUUUUUUUAGUUUUAUGUUCACCUUGACUCUAUUACUUUUCUUCGAAGCAACAACUGUUUUAGCACAGAGUGGAUCUCUUCCUGAGGAGGAGAAAAAUGCUCUUCAAGAAAUAGCUGAUCAGGUGGGAAAAAAGGAUUGGAACUUCAGCCUGAAUCCUUGUGACGGGAACUCAAACUGGUCGACACCAAAAAGAAAUGAUAUGCCAUGGUACAACAAUUCUGUCAUCUGCAAUUGUUCUUUCCUUGGCGGCGUAUGCCACGUAGAAAACAGAUUUCUUAGAGGACAGGAUUUAGCAGGUGUCCUUCCACCCUCCCUAUCGAAGUUACCCUACAUCAAGACAAUUGAUCUUUCUCGCAACUACCUCAGUGGUACAAUACCCAAGGAAUGGGAAUCUACCAAUUUGGAAUACGUGUCUCUUAUCGUGAAUCGCUUAUCUGGACCCAUACCAAAAUACUUGGGAAACAUUACUACCCUUGUAUAUUUGAGCCUGGAGGGCAAUCUGUUUAAUGGGACCAUUCCAACAGAGUUAGAGAAGCUGGUUAAUUUAGAAAAUAUCAUUCUAAGUGAUAAUAAUCUCACUGGUGAGUUGCCGAUUGAAUUAAAUAAUCUGAAAAAGUUGACAGAACUUAGGCUAAGCAGUAUUAACUUCACUGGAAAAUUACCUAGUUUCAAGAGCUGGGCAAACCUUCAGAAGUUAGAGAUACAAGGGAGUGGUUUUAAAGGCCCCAUACCUCGCAGUAUUUCCAUCUUGAAAAAUUUAACUGAACUAAGGAUUAGUGACUUGAAUGGAGGUGCUUCAGAGUUUCCACUGCUAGGAGAAAUGAAAAUGAUGAAUAUCUUGAUGUUAAGGAGCUGUAACAUAUCUGGAAACAUUCCUAGGUACCUUGCAGAUAUGGCAUCAUUGAAGAUUCUAGAUCUGAGCUUUAACAAGUUGAAAGGAGAGGUUCCAAAUCUUGAAGGCCUAUCAAAACUAGAGACCAUGUAUCUGACUAGUAACUUCCUUACCGGGCCAAUUCCAGAGUGGAUCAAGAGCAAAAAUCCUAAACAACAUAUCGAUCUUUCUUAUAAUAACUUCUACAAGAGUUCUGUCCCACCAAAUUGUCAGGAAUCUCUAAACUUGUUCAGAAGCUUCAGUACAGGAAACAGUUCAGAACUUGGGAAGUGCCUCAGUCCUUGUAGAAAGAAGUGGUAUUCGUUUCAUGUAAAUUGUGGUGGAAAGGAAGCUUCCGUUGGAAAUGUAAUUUUUGAAGCUGAUGAAGAAUCAGCAGGUUUAGCAAAAUUUGUACACUCGAAAGAGUACUGGGGAAGUAGUAGUACAGGAUACUUUAUGGACCGUAACAUAUCGAUUAAUGAGUAUACGACAAAUAAUGUGACCGUGCUCAAAGUGAAUGACUCUGAACUCUAUACGAGUGCCCGUCUUUCUCCUUUAUCUCUCACUUAUUAUGGGCGUUGCUUAGCAAAUGGAAACUACACUGUGACGCUUCACUUUGCAGAGAUAAUUUUCAGAAAUAAUCGCUCUUUUCAGAGUCUUGGAAGACGGAUGUUUGAUGUUUAUAUCCAGGGUGACAGGAAAUUGAAAGAUUUUGAUAUUGAAAAAGAAGCAAAAGGAGUUGACCAAGUUGUAAAACAAAAAUUUAAAGCCACGGUAAAUAAUAGAACUCUGGAGAUUCGGUUUCACCAUUCUGGGAAAGGAUCAACAGCCGUACCUAUUCGAGGCACGUAUGGCCCUUUGAUAUCUGCUAUAUCUGUUGAAUCGGAUUUUCAUCCUUACUCAGAAGGCAAAAAGAAGAUUUUCAUUGCAACAGGAGCAGCGGCUUUGGCAUUUUUUCUUAUCCUCAUUAUUCUUUGCUUUUCUUGGUGGAAAGGGUACAUCGGAGGCAGGGUCUCAAGGGAACAAGAACUAAGAGGAUUAGAUUUGCGGACUGGAUUUUUCACUUUUAGACAAAUCAAAGCUGCUACAAACAAAAUUGGGGAAGGUGGUUUUGGAUCUGUCUUCAAGGGUGUACUCUUGGAUGGCAGUUUAGUUGCUGUCAAGCAGCUGUCUUCCAAAUCAAAGCAAGGCAACCGUGAAUUUGUGAAUGAAAUAGGCAUGAUUUCUGGUUUACAGCAUCCAAAUCUUGUAAAAUUGUAUGGAUGUUGCAUUGAAGGAAACCAAUUACUGCUAGUGUAUGAAUACAUGGAGAACAAUAGCCUUGCUCGCGCUUUGUUUGGAUUAGAGGAACAGCAAAUAGAAAUGGACUGGCCAACCAGAAAAAGAAUUUGUGUUGGGAUAGCAAAAGGCUUAGCUUUUCUGCACGAAGAAUCAACAUUGAAAAUUGUCCAUAGAGACAUUAAAGCCAAUAAUGUUCUUCUUGACAAAGAUCUAAAUCCAAAGAUUUCAGAUUUUGGUUUAGCCAAACUUGACGAAGAUGAUAACACGCACAUCAGCACUAGAGUUGCUGGGACUGUUGGGUACAUGGCUCCUGAAUAUGCAAUGUGGGGUUACUUAACCUACAAAGUAGAUGUGUACAGUUUUGGUGUUGUUGCACUAGAAAUUGUUGCUGGAAAGAACAACAUGAAAUAUCGCCCCAAUGAAAAUUUCGUUUGCCUUCUUGAUUGGGCGAUGGUUUUACAAAACAAAGGGAGGCUCAUGGAGCUAGUCGAUCCGAGGUUGGGUUCUAAUUUCGAUAAAGAAGAGGCAGAAAGAAUGAUCAAAGUUGCUCUGUUGUGCACUAAUCCAUCUCCGGCACUGAGGCCUACCAUGUCCACGGUAUGUGGCAUGCUUGAAGGUUAUAUAAAUAUUCAGGAGUUUAAAAUGGAUCCAAGCAUCUAUGAAGAUGAAUUGAAGCUUCAAGCACUCAGAGAGAAAUUUCAAGACUUUCAACUUAAUUCAAGUGAAACUCGGAGCCUCAUUCAUCCGUCUGAUGCUCCGGCAACUGGCUCGUCUUUUUCAUCUGCUCGAGAUCCCUAAUCAGACAGCCUUAAAUGAUUUUCUCUCUUUCUUAGUAUCGUCUAGUAUGCAGUUUCUGUUGGAAUAAUUAAUAAUUCCAUAUGUGGGCUUCACAUUCGAUUGCAAAAUUUUAUGGGUUAGAUAUAUGGCUCAUAAUGAUAAUUGUGUUUGAGCCAAAUUUAUUAAGUGAUCAAUUGGACCUUUUA